GGGGAUUAAAGAUAAAAAAGCCAUUUGGGAAUAUGUUCAAGCUAAAUUCAUUAUUCCAACUGAAGGAAAGAGGAUGGUCCUUGCUCGUAUCAAUGACAACUGGAGAAGGUAUAAGACCACAAUAAAGCAAACUCAUUUUCUACCAUACAAAUGUGUUAAUGUGAUGCUGAAAAAUUGUCCUAAAAGCAUACCUGAGAGUCAUUUUCGCAAGUUAAUUGCUUAUUGGAGAACUGAGAAAGUUAAGGCACAUUUGCAAGCUGAGAAUAAAAAGUCUAAAGAAUCAGCAAUUAGAGCUUUCCAAUCCAUAUUUGGAAAAGAGAAGGCAGGGAGAAUGCGAUGUCACAGAAGAGUUACCACACCAACUUUGUUGAAGAAAAAUGAAGAAAUUGCCACCCUUAAGCAGCAACAUGCAACUGAGAAAGCAACAUUAGAGGGUAAGGUUGAUGUGAUGCAAAAAGAAGUAGAUGAACUAAAAUCGCUUGUUAAGAUGAUGCUGCAAAAAAAAAAAAGCUCAGGAGUGGACCUUGACAUGUUAGCUGCUCAAUUAGGAAGCACUUUAGGCAAUCCGAACAAUGAUGCGCAUGAAGAGGAAAACUAUGUUGAAGGGGAAAUCGAACUUGAUUAAGGUCAAAUUUUUAAAAGCAAAUGUUACAGAGUAAAAGUCAUGAACUUGUGGACAUGAUGACUAUUUGCUACUUAGCUAUU